ACUUACUAGACAAAAAUCUAUUGAAUAUUACUCCUAAGCUUUGAAUUAGCUUAAGUAUUCCCGUCUAAAAAGUAAUCCUUUCUUCUAGCUUUUUAUAGAGGGAAUUAUUUAAAAGGUUUAAUGCCCAAAAUUACAAUCUAUUCUUGGAACACUUGGGGCAUUCCUUUUGCUAAUCCCAAGGCUUUAACUCAACCUGCUCAGUGCGCUGAUGAGUUAAGUAAGAUCUUAAUUAACGAAGGGAAAGAAAAUAAGGAAGAUUUAAUUGUAGAGUGUUGGUCUUGGCGUGCUGGUGUGGGAUAUUUCUUUAUUUUCCUUGCACGACUUUUGGAACCCCUUUUUGGAAGACUUUGCACAUUUCCUUUACUCAGCCUGUCAUUACUACUAUCUCUUGUGAUCCCUAUUCCACGAUUUCUUGUGUAUAACACUACGCGAUAUUUUGUGAAGGCGCUGCAAGAAAUUUUUCCUCACAACACUAGUACAAGAGUUAGGACGCUUUCUUUCUGGCGCCUUCUCGAUUCUGGACUACUAACGUUUUCCUCCAAACCAAUUAUUUCCUGCGGAUUCCAGCCUUAUAAAUCCAGCGGUGGGGAGGAUAUUUUUGCUAAUAAAGGAUUCAUAUGGGCACUUAUAGCAAGCGAUGAGGGCCCAGUAAUAGUCAUAAACACGCACAUGCAAGCCAGCGGCCACGUCGUUCAAACACAGCAAGUUAAAGAAAUUGGGAUUUGGUUGGAUAAUAGCGUCCCUUCUCUUUUUGAAAGACCCGUUGAGCAUAUUUUCAUUGCUGGCGAUCUCAACAUGGAUCACGCGAGCUUACAGAAUUCACAGUGGUCGGAAGUAACUAAAUGCUUUUAUCAGACGAUCAUUAUAAAUGAUCCGACCCCGACUUGCUGCGAUGUGUGUCUGGACCACGUGGCUUAUGCGGGCAAAUAUAAAAAUAUUCUUUUGCAAAAUAGCAGCGAGUUACUGAAUUCCACUUGCAUUUUGUCAGAAAAUAAAAUUCUGGAGUCGAAAAUUUCGGAUCAUCACAUUCAAAAAGUUUCCAUAAUAAAAACUAACUUAAAUUAA